GAAUCUGUACGGCUGAGAAUUCUAAAUUCAAAAAUGUAUGAUAAAAAGAGACGAAUGCAAAGCAAUAAGAAGACAAAAACGAUCAAUUAAGGCGAGACCCACAUACAUUUACACAACAAAAAAAAAAGAAAUAUUCUCCGAGAGUUGAGUCUCUAUCACCACACAACGAUCAACUCAGAAAUACUUGAGCCUUCAUUCGAGUCACACUUAUUUGAAAAAAAUAUCUUCGACGUGUCCGUAAAACUUGAUAACAAGUGGAUUUUAAAGAAGAAAAAGUGAAAAAAAUUUGAGACAUAAGUAUUUGGGAUAGUAACAGAAGGUGAUUCUCGCAUCACUCUUAAUAUCAGAUUAGCAUGAAAUUAUGCAAAAUAAAAAUAAAAUCCAAACUUUUAUUGCUCAUCAUUUAAAUAUGGAUAAAGUAUUGAAAUUUCUUGUUAGAACAUAAGUUUCGGGUUGUAAGUUCACCAAUUCGAAACUUGAUAAAGUGCUGUAGACUAGAUUGCUAGCAAAAAAAAACUACUUAUAAACUGAUUUAAAAAAACAGAUAGAAAAGUGAUUAAAGACAUAAGAACUGAUUAAGUUUGCAAAAUUAUAAUAAAAGUUAUAAAAGUGGCCUACAAGUGUAAACUAAAAUUAACUACAUGGAGACGACUUGUCAAAAGGGAGAACAGGAAAUAAUCAAAUUUAAUCUCAACAAAAUGCUAUUAUCGAUUGAAAACACAUUACUUUCUUCGCACAGACAACGCGAGGAAAUUGGAAUUAAAAAGUUGUACAACUCAUUCUUCGUCAUGUUUUAAUUACUAUGUUGCGAGCUAUAAACUCUUAAUUUUAUUUCAAAUUUUAACGACAUCGAAUUUGAGAAUAAGAACAGAACAGACUAAAUAAUAUAUAUUUUCUAAAUCACCAAAUAUAAGGGACACAUUUUAUAUAGUUAUUAAUUUUAUAAAAAAAAAAAAUCAACAUAAAAAAUUGAAAAAAAUUCAAAAAAAAGUGAUAAUGAUUAAAAAUUGAAAUUAACAUAAUAGAGUGCAUUUGUGAUAGUUAAAGUGUCUUCCGCAACAUAUCUAAAGCUAAUAAUUGUGAUUUUAGGCUUUUGUCUUUAAAAUAAAGUAUUUUUUUCUACAACUUAUCUCAUUGACGAGCCCCAAUGGCGGCUCUAACUGUUCCACAACCAGCUUCAUCUUUUACCGACCAAUUUGGCUGGUUAUUUCACAGUAAUUGUCAUUUGGAUGCAUCUAUUUAUCAGGACGACGAAGAAAUUAUGGAAUUUAGUGACAGCAGUGUCGAGUAUCCAACUUAUCAACAUAAUUCAAAUCAACAGCAACAUCAAUCACAAACGCGAUCAUAUUACAACAGUGAACACGAAAAUUCAUAUAAUAUGCAUAAUAGCAACAAUAACAACAAUUCAAAUAACGGCAAUAACUCAAAAUAUUGCAUCGAUUUGGGAGAUUCACCCUCGAGCUCAAAAGACGCAUGGCCAGCAGACUACGUCAAAACUGUCUUGCUUGGAUCACAUGAUUCCAGUCGUAAGCGUAAAGGAGAUUGGUCACAUGUUCAAAAUAACGGAGAUUUUCCUGUUGCCGAGUCAGGUCCAGCUCCAAAAAUUGUAUCGUGUCAUUCAAUCAAAGACCGACGCAAAAGUCAAGGACGACUGCCUUGGCCAGAAGACAUAGAUUUAGACUUAUCAGCAGAAUUGAUGAACAAUCAGUACAGCAACGAUUCUUUGCUUAACUUUCCCAGCUUGACAGUGUUUAAGCAAGAGAUUCCAUCACCACCGAAUCAAAAUGGCAGUAAUGAUAUGCUCAAAACACCAAGAAGUCCACAACCAUGUGUACGAAUCACAAAUCAGCAAUUGAAUCCAACUGCAAUGAUGAAUGGCUCUCCAGCUGAACAACAUCAAAAUCAGCAUAUUGGUGAGCAACAAACAUCGGGAAGCACUAGUAGCAGCAAUGGAUUAGCCAAUUUCUUAGAACAACUUGAAGGAAAUAAUCAAGGAAGUGGAAAUAAUCAGUCAAAUAAUGAAGACGUUAAUAGACGUGGAACUAGUCACAAUGAUGAUCGUUUCCAGUAUGUUUUGGCUGCUGCGACUUCAAUUGCAACAAAGAGUAAUGAAGAGACAUUGACCUACCUUAAUCAAGGUCAAAGCUAUGAGAUCAAAUUGAAGAAAUUGGGCGAUUUAUCAACAUGUCGUGGAAAAGUUAUGAAAAGUGUCAUCAAAAUUUGCUUCCAUGAACGUCGUUUGCAGUAUAUGGAACGAGAACAGAUGCACAUUUGGCAAUCAAGUCGUCCGGGUGAAAGAAUUUUGGAUAUCGACAUUCCACUUUCUUAUGGACUAUUACACGUCAAUCACUCACCAUUAUUAAAUACAGCUGAAAUUUUGUGGGAUCCAAUGAAAGAAGUCGGCGUUUACAUCAAAGUUAAUUGUAUUUCUACAGAAUUCACACCUAAAAAGCAUGGCGGUGAAAAAGGAGUUCCAUUCAGAAUUCAAAUUGAAACUUAUGUCGAUGGACCGUCAGAGACUAAACCUCUACAUGCUGCAGCUUGUCAAAUUAAAGUAUUCAAAUUGAAAGGAGCUGACCGAAAACAUAAACAAGACAGAGAACGAAUUCAAAAACGACCACCAAGUGAACAAGACAAAUAUCAACGGAGUUACGAGUGUACAAUAUUGAAUGAUAUUUCAAGUGAAAGCUUAGUAACAUCAACAAUUGGUUGCUACAGUCCCGAACAUAUAAAGAGAAAUCAUUCACCAGUAAUGCCAACAUCACCAAUUCACGUGCCAUCAAGCUUGAAUCCACUAAUGCCGUUUGUUACAUCCAUUGGGAAUGUCUCAUCAACAAAUGGCUUGUGUAAAUUAGAUCAAAAUGUCGUCUCAACACAAAAUUAUGACAGCGAUGAUCUUAAUCCAAUAACAAUCACAAAGGAAUCGACACCCAGUCAGCUUACUCAAUGGCUGGCUUGUCAUCGUUUGACCGCUCAUGCAAAUGUCUUUGGAAGUUUCUCUGGAUGUGAUUUAUUGAGACUCGCGAAGGAAGAUCUGAUUCAAAUUUGUGGACUGGCUGAUGGAAUUAGGAUGUACAACAUUUUACAUGCAAAAGCAAUAAAGCCGCGCUUAACAAUUUUCGUAAGCACCGAAGGCAGCAAUACUUACAAUGCAGUUUACAUGCAUUCAGCAACAACAAAGGAACUAGUUCAGAAGCUUUACAAAAUUCCUGGAUUAGUUAACAAUUCAAACUGGAAGUUUGCAUCAUCGCCAAAUCACAGUGGCAGCAAUUCAAAUUUAAAUGAUGAUUCCAAUUUUAAGAUUUAUGUCAAUGGACCAAACAAUGUGCUAGUUUUGGUAAACGACGAGGUAUUGGCUAAUAUUAAGGAUGAAAGUCUAUUUGCUUUAGAAGUCAAUAAUGGAAGCAUUUUAAUGAAAUCAGUUAAGAAAUCUGAUUAAAUUUUAGUUUUACAAUCUUUAUUUUUUGUUAUUAUUGAUUAAAGUUAAUUUUUAUAUUGCUAUAUUUACUAAACAUGCCUAUCAGAGUAUAGAACGUACUUUUUUUUUGUUGAAUUUCUUUCUUAGCAUUUUAUGAAGGAAUCAAGUUCUUUAAAAACUUUAGGAAUUAAGAUUGUGUUAUUUGGCUGGGACAAUUGGAAUAUUAAUGUGCCUUAUAUUUGAAUCAUGAUUGAGGCAAAAAAAAAAAAGGAAUCAUAUUGUUAAGGAUGUUUAUAAUAGAAAUUUUUAAUGUUUUUAUAUUUU